GGAAAAUGGAGGAAAAAGAUGAAGAAAGCUGAAAAGUGCUGAAAUGCGUAAUGAUUACAGGUCGUCGCAAAUGCUUUUUAUUCUUGUUGCAGAUGCAGUUUCUUGAUGCGAGGCUUAGGCCUCGUAUGAAAAGGACAACGAACAUGGUAGAAAGACUUUAGGUCUUUUGCGACCUUAGCUCGCGUAGCUGAGCCUUCGGCACAGCAGCCAUCGGCGUCGGGCAUUUUCCGUGUACAGAAUCGCUCACGAGUAUCGUGCCGUAUAGAAGAAAGGAGGGUCACGGCUUUGGUGAAGCCACGGACAUCAUCCCCCCGAAGGAGCAGAUUUCGAUCGCGAGACUGGGACGCCGAUCAAAUGCCGCUUUCAUCCAAGAGUCGUCCUAUCGAAAACCUAGCAAAAUCGAUCUCCCGAAGGCCUAAUUUCCAUCUUCUUUCCAAAUCCACACGCGUACACUGAUUUGUUCUUCGUUCGAGUCCGCAUCGAGAUUAUAGUGGAGAAGAGGAGACUCGUGCCAGCACCUACUUUUCGACGGACAAGUAGUAGCUAGCAGCGGUGUAGAUUCUACUUGAAUAGAAUCAUCAUGUGGCCUCCCGCUCCCGAGCAUGCACGAGUGCCAGAGAGGUUGGGAGAGCAGCGGGAGAGGCCAGACGUGGAGCGGCUGGAUCUGGACGAUAUCUCAAAUUUUAUGACUCAUGAAAUGAAUGUGCCAGCCGUUAAACAAUAUUAAGUUUGAUAAACAGGAGUAGAUGACGAUCACGAUACCUCACAUGUAGUCCAUAAACAGCAGUUGACGAUAACACUACUCAGCCCCUCUAAAAUCAUCCGCAACUUAAAGUGCACCACGCGACACUACAACCGGCCUGGAUCGUACACUCGGCCAACAUCUUCUUAUGGCCGCAACGAGCGAGUUCCACUCUCAUAUGGGAGAACGGAUCGAGUGGUUUAUUAAGGGUAGGUUAAAGGUGCUUUUCUUACCGCUUUUUAUGCCUCUCCUAAGGGAGAAAGGCAUAAAAAGCGGCGUAAGCGAGCACCAAAAACCUACCUCUAAGUUUACACAGGAGCUGCUGGGGGUGCAGGCGCGGCUGCUUCGAGUAGACUUCUAGACCAUUAAAUAUGGAUGGUAUCUCUAUGCUGGUGCUGGUGGUGGUCUUUUUUUGAAUUUUACGACGUCGAAUUUGAGGUGGAUGAGGUGUACUUUAUACCAUUUAGAUUCUGAUUCAGAUUACAUCAAGAUGCUUUAUCCUUACCUGCUGUGUUGGAAACCUCUAGGUACACCAGGCGCGAAAGAGGUGCCAUGGUGGGAACGACUGACGACGACGAAGACAGGAAAUUUCAAGGGGGAACUGCGUAUAAUGUUUUUCUUAUAAGUCACGUGUAUGUAAUAUCCCUUCAAACAAUAUAGUGUUUUUCUUAAAUUUUCAGCAUUUAGCAUUUAGUCUCUCGAAAUAUGAUAAUCUUCGUUCUUCUGAAAGCAGCCACACUUUGUUCAAUAUGACCAUGUCUUCCUCACUGUGAAAGUCUCUCUACUUCCUACAACGAAUUCAAUUAAAUCUCAGGUGCAACGCGAGAGGAUUUAGAUUUGAAAACGCGAGAAGAACGGUUGCGGCAUCGCUCUUCGACUAAUCUGCACGAAGGAGCUCCACGCGUUGAGUAUGUAAGUCCCAGAACCGAAAUCCUGUUCAAUCGACGGCCACUGAAUCGGCCAAAAAGUGCGCAUUACGGUAUAACUGUAAUAGAUGUGAAUGCUACUUGGAUAUUUAACUUUUGUUUUGGCAGUUGUCAGAUGAAACUUGGAUAUUAAACUUUUGUUUUGGUAGUUGUCAGAUUGAUUACCGCUAAGAGCAGAAAGACUAUGCUUGUAUUUAAACUUAGCCGACAUAACGAAAAAAUGACGAGGAGCCUCAUUUGAAUUAAUCUUGUCCAUGUCCUAUCAGCGUCGUCCAAGCGGCCAGUGUGGUAGGCAUAUUCGCUAUGCAGAUUCCUGAGGCCUUGGGAUUUGAACAUUGAAAAAGAGGACUACACGCGCUAAAGACAAGGUUUUGAACCUGAUUUGUGAACCUUUGGUUCGUCGAUACACCUGUUCGCCCAAGAAGGGCUUGCCGAAAAGAAACCCCAUGUGUUUGAUUUCACGACAUGACAUGAGGUUGACACAACUUUCUCAAAAAAAAGAGUAAAAGACUAGCAAUCUCUGGAGCAAAAAAAAAAAGGUGAAAGCUUUGAAGCAAAAAUGAGC